GUCUGUCUGUUGCCUGUACUAUGCUAUUGUCUGAAUAGAUGAACGUUUCGUAUUGUGUACAAUAAGCAUAUGUUUGAUGGAGAACAUCAGUCGGCAAGAAGUCGAAACACGAGCUGUGGACCUUUGGCAAUAUUUAUUCCGGAGCCGCCAAAUCGUUCUGCUGGCGACUGAGGCUGGAUUGAGGCGAACCUCCUGCUUUCAAACUCGUACUUCUCCCUCACCGCGCCCUCCUUUCUCUCUACUUAUAUUAUCAGUCUCGCGUUCUGGAUGGGAGAGGCCGUGUAGGUUGGUUUGAGGCAUCAAAGUGUCUUGCAGUUGAAGUAUUGCAAGUUGCCCAGCAUCUGCCAUCGCCAUGGAUUCCAUGUCGAGAAGUCCUGCUUUGAAUCCAGCCUCCACCCCCUUCUUUCCUGGGGCUUCGCUGGGAAGAGAGGACGGAGGUGCUGGCCUUGGGUUCAGGCUUACUCGAGAGCAGUAUGGCUCAUCAACGUCCACUCUUUCUAAGUCUCCUUCGGAUUACCGCUCUAUCAAGUCUUCUCCCAGUCCGUCGCAGGACGAACGGGAUGGUAGAUUCGCUCUUGGUCCACAGGAUCGAUUCCAGCAGGGAGAUGACGAACGCGAUUCCCCAGCAGUUCACCAGGUCGAAGCAGAUAGACCAUAUCCUGCUCUCAUGAGACCCAUUACAAAAGAGAGUAGCAUGCAUGUUACCCUAGAGACCAUACCCGACACGGAGGAUACCCCGGAGUCCGUCGCCAUCAACGGCUCCCAUCUACAUAACGCCCUCUACGCUUCGGUUAUGGGACGAAAUCGGGAGCGUCUCAACACACCUCCCGUUAUACCAGAAGCCAACUCUAGGUCGUCAUCAUUCCACACCCCUUCCCUCAUGUCUUCAUCUCCUCCCUCUUCGUUAGAUUCCCUUGCCGGAUUGAUACCUUCCAUCGAGAUUGGACAUAACCUUGAGACUCAGUUGAGGGCAUCGCCUCUAAUCAAUGACAUCCUGGAUCGUUUGAUGCGGUUCGAGUCAACGUCUCGCGAAAUACAGCGCGAUCUUGGAGAUGUCCAUCGCAAGCUGGACAUGCUGAUAGAGAGAUCAUCCAGUGCCAGUUCUCCCCCGGAGUUCAGGGAUCCAUUUGCUCCAUCGAAUGGUCUGCUGUCAUCGUUCCCAGGUUCAAAUGUCAACGGACCUCGAGGUUCAAUAAUGGGUAACAUAGCUCCUAACCAACCAGCUCCUACGGAUGACAUGUCUGCUAUUUCACACAGGCUCAAUUCGUUGACGAUGUCGGUUGACCAACUACUCCAACUUUCGACUCAACAGCUGCACAUCCACAAUGCAGGGCAUGCAGGUCCCAUGGGCAUCAACAAUGGAUUGCUGCCACCAGAGAUCACUCAGAACCGGAUGCUGCCUGCAGCAUUAUCUUCUGCUGCUGCUUUAGGUCAUGGGCUACCUCAGCGUCCUGAUUUACGUCCCAACCAACGUAUGCCUGGUCUUCCCAUGCGUACGUGGUCUGCGGGUACACUAGACAUACCUUCCCGGGCACAUGAGAAUGGCACACCACCUCUGGGACGUCCUGACAUCCGAGAUAAGAGAAGAUCUGUAUCUGCUCUCCGUCGUGAGUCUGUCGGUGGCGAGUCUAUCGCGAGUUCCCAAACAUCCCGCGACGGCGGACCUAUGAUUACGAAGUGGGAACAAUUGGCUUUGGCACCUGAUUUGUUGCGCUCUCUUAGCAGCUUCGGUGUUGGCCCUCCGAACAAAAUACAGCAACGCGCUUUACCAUUUUUGUUACGCGGAUCCGAUAUCAUUGCUCAGGCUCCUCCAACUCAAGAACGUAUUGCGGCGUACGUAAUCCCUGCCAUUCAUACUGCGCUUCUGUAUUCCACGGGCCGCGGGCUUGUUCGGGGACCUAGCGUUGUUAUGAUUUCCACAACGGUCGAUCAGGCAACCCAAGCACAAAGAAUGAUUCGCGAUAUUGGAGGUCCAAUUGGCGUUCGUUCUGCCUUGGGAGUGGGAACCACUUCCGCAAAUGAUUUGAAUGCUGAGCUCCAUCUCUUGCAACAGAAUAUGCCACACAUCAUCUGUGGCACUCCACAGAAGCUGCAUGCGCUCUUCACAUCGCCUGGAGGAAUCCCAGGUGGAGAAGUACGCUUCCUCGUCCUCGACGAAGUCGAUCAAUUGAUUGCACGCAACUUGCACGAUUUUGUCUUCCAAGUUGUAAAGCUACUGCCGCCACCUCGCUCUCGACCUGUCAGUUCUGGCAUACCCACUACUCCCACAAACAACAAUUCUCAAUCGUCCCUUUCAAAUUUCGAUAACGGGUCAACCUCGUCUCUUGGCACAUCCUUCCAGAAUACUCCAAGGCGAUUUUCGACCGUCUCCCCGGCACCAUCAAUGGAAGCUAGCAACGGUCCAUCCGGUCAAAUUGAACGGCAAACAGCUCUUUUUUCCAAUACUGUGCCGCAGGACGUUCUCAACCUGGCUACUACCAUUCAGCUUCGGGAGCCCGUUCGAGUUCUUGUCCGUCGCGAUGGAAAUGUUACUCAUGCAGAUACAAAUCAAGGAGCUCGCGGUCUUCGACAAUUCUACCUAUAUCUGGCCUUCACGGCUAGUGGUCGCUCUGAACAGCCGCUUCCUCAAGGCAGUUUAGGCAUUAUCGGGUCGGGUCGGGGUGCGACGAGUGCGGAGACCGUGCAAGCUCGCGAAUGGAAGCUCGACGCACUUGCAGAUAUUUUUUCUGAUCUCGAAUUGCCUCGCGCAAUUAUCCACGUCGGGGGCAUGACUGCGCUAGAAGCCGUCCACUACAAACUGGCUAGCCGCGGACUUGAACCGGUACCUCUGCAUAGUGAUAUGAAUCAUGCUGCGAGGACAAGUGCUUUGGCCAAAUUCCGAAGCCCUCAUGAGUCGAUUAUGCGUCAGCCGACGACCAAAGUCUUAGUCGUCUAUGAUGUUCAGGUUAAGACUCCCGAAGUGUCCCACGUUCCACUCAUAAUCAACUAUGGUACGCCUCUUUUACGCCGUCCCUGUAUAGUUACGCUGAACGCUUUGACGUUGUUCAGACCUUCCAAAGGCUGUGGAAGAGUAUGCGCAUCGCGUUGCUCCGGCCAUUGCUCCCAGCUACUCUCGUGCUGGAGUUGUUGUCAAUUUCGUAACAGCGACUGGUGGUGAUGUCGAAAUGUUGCGAUCUAUAGAAUGCUUCUACAAGAUUAAAUGCGUACGUCUUAUGUCUCCUAAAUCCUUUCGUGCUAACUGACGAAGUUUUUACAGCCUGAAGUGCCCAUGAGUCUCCGCGACAUUGUCUAAUGCCCUCACUUGUAUCAAUUGUGUAUCCCUAUCCCCUGCUCUCAGUUUCUGCUCAUGCUCAUCCGUUCGUGCUACCACAUUGCCACUAUAUAUCAUCUCGCGUCUCGGCGUUCUUACUGUGUUCUAUACCCUUACCGCACAUCCUACCUCAUUGUUUCGUUAUUAGCUCGUUGCCCGGUUCCUGUCUCUCACUGUAUACUGCGUAGCUUUCCUUGAUCUCCUCUUUACAUAUCGUGUUCGGGUUGUCUAUACUGUUCCGAUAUGGACGAGUAAUACCUUCACUGUACCAUCUUCGCUACAACUUGCUAGUUGUUUUGUCAUGCCAUUCGUCCCCGGCCGCCAC